UUUAAGAAAUAACAGUUAUUUGAGCUAUAAAAUAUGUAAGUGUUAAUAAAUUGAUUUGAUGGUGUAUGUGAAAUUUCAUGCCAAAUAAAGCAUAAAGGUAAUUAAUUAUAUACUUGUAUAGUUAAGUUAACGCGACCGCUUAUGUUCAUAUGCACAAAUCGUUGCUCCUACGCAGGCAGUUUGCCGUGUGCCAGCGCGCUUUGACCCUAUUAAAUGUCAUCUGGUGAAUGGGAUUUGCGUGCUCUCAAAGCACUCGAGGAAGAGGAACAAAAGGAAUUUCUUGCACUUAGCCAAAAAAGUCUAUUUGAUCCUCCCUCCCCACCAACGGGGGAAAGACUAUUCCAACAGACCCAACUAUUGAAGCAGCAGCAAUUUCAACCGAAACUAACCUAUGCCCAAUUGCAUCCGCAUAUACUUAAUUUACCCACCAUUAAUGAAUGUAACCUAGUUGCGGCGGCUCGCAAACGUCAACAGCUUCUGCAGCAACAGAAUACAGCAGAUAGUAGAACCGGAGGUAGACGUUUGAAAUUCACUCGAGCACUGUCAAUUUCGGCACACUCGUUGACAGGACGCGACAGUCAAGAAAUAAGAAAAAAAGUUGUGUCUCAAAAGUCCAAGGCUAAUGUGUCGCAGGUCAGUAAUGCGAGUUCACCGGCUCAAUCUUACAGUCCCUCACCCAUCUACACGCCACCACCAAUUAGACGAUGUGCGACAUUACAUCACACACAGCCAGUACGCAAGGCUUUCAAGACUCUACAGCAGCUGGAAAAACAGAAAGAGGAUCGCAAAAAAGAAGCUGCCGCGACGCUGAAACGUUUGGUUGGCACAAACAAAACCUAUUGGAAGUACGGUGCCAAUUCUACAGCCGCCUCAAUCAUUGUACAGCGGAAGAAGCUCAACUCUUCCAUUGCAGAAAUCGAGUCUAAUACUUCUGACGAGUUCGGUUCGGAAGAAACCACAAACAACUUGAGUGGCAAUGAUAGCCACGCCAACCCUGACCGCUGGCUAAAAUCAGACGUAGAUUGUGACGAUAGUGCGACCGAUACAGGAUCCUGUACGGUGCCACUGACGUCGGACUCAGUUGAAAUGAUGCGCCUUAUGUUAUCGGCAGCAACCGCUGCCGUCAAAACUCACCCCAUCAAUACACAAACUCCUGCAGCUACAGCGGAAAACAAGCCAAAAGAUGUUGAUUAUUUACUCAAUAAACGGCCGCUGAAUAUUGCGACCUCGGUAAAUGUGGCAGCAACUAGUGGUGGUUCAUGCAAAGAUUUUUCAAAUCCUUCCACCACCUCCACACCGCUUUGCGCAACUAAAGCCAAACAACUAAACGGCGGCAAGAAUGUGGUGCAAAGUGACUAUGGUAGCACAUUCCUUACACUAUCAUCACGUUAUCCUUUAAAAUUAUCCGCGUCAUUAUUCACGCCUGAAGAGAAAACUGUUGCUUAUAGAGCUUUUAACGAGCAGCAGCGAAGGAAAAGUCUCUCGCACAACGGGGUUCGGCUUGCACCGCUUCCACUUCAGCGUGGAAGAAGUUUAACAGACGAAGUCUCAGCAAAUGAUUGCAGCAAUAACAGCAACAGUCAACCGUUGACGAUAACAGGACAAAAUGUUCGCAGUGCAAACAUCCGCAAUAUGUUAAAGUCCAGUUCGCUGGAUAUGUGUACGAACAUGAAUGAAAGUUUGAACGCUAAAAGCGGGAAUUGUGCCAUACAAAGGUCCAGCUUAAUUGCCAAUUCUAUUGUGGAGGGCAUGAAAACGGCAUCUUCCUUACACAUCAAAGAACUAGAUGUGCUGGCUGAUUCAACAAAGAAAUUGCGGCAGCAGCAUAGCAUCUUAAAUGUACAUACUACCCGACAUACAGAGCCACACGUGACCCCGAUUUUGUGUAGGGGCCGCGUUUCAUCAAAUAAUGGCAGCAAUUGCAACAGUCCAUCGAUCGCCGCGACCAUAGCGGCAACGGACCAAGGCACUCCUCUGGAUUCGCUGCAUCAACAUAUUAUCGAUGACGACCUGGAACAGCAUAUCAAGCAUUGCGCAUGCUCAUGCAAUCACAUGGGCUAUGGCAACUCCAUGGAUUAUCAGGCAACCGGCUUUGGCGGCCUACCUGAUGUCACCGAGCACUCCAAUGCGCACCGCACACUCUCACGCCAGAACUCAAUUUCAAACAGUGAUUCCGGUGGCGAAAUUGCCAGCAUUGAAAAGUCAAAAGUGAACUUUGGCGACGGCAGACCGCUACCAACCGCCCACCCUGCCAACAUAAAGCGUAAAUCGAAGGCAACCCACCAAGCAGCUAGUGACAGCUGUGCCAGGGUGCACCGCUUAAAACCGCGACGUGGCUCCUGCACCAUAUUCUUGACUCUCGUAGCCGCGCUUUGCCUGUUUACCAUCGCCGCCAUGCUCGCAUACCAACACUUUGUGGCGCCAAGCCGCAAUUCGCAUGCUCAAAGACUGAAAAUCGUACAACGGAUACUGAAAGAAGUGCCGCUAGUGGAUGGCCACAAUAACUUUGCGUGGAAUGUGCGGAAGUACGCGCACAACAGUCUGGAGUUGGUGCACAUGAGACGCGAUCCCAGUGCGGAGGCUCUUUGGACCAGGCCGUCGUGGGCGCAAACAGACAUUGAGCGGCUGAAGCAAGGACUAGUUGGCGUGCAAAUGUGGUCAGCGUAUGUGCCUUGUGAGGCUUUGGGCCUAGACGCUGUCCAAGUGGCUAUAGAACAAAUAGAUAUUAUACGGCGCUUAACAGACAUGUUCACCGGCGAUACGAUAUUAGUAAGCUCAUCGAAAGAUAUUUUCACAGCACGACAGCACGGCCAGAUGGCUUCACUAAUCGGCAUUAAAGGUGGCCACGCUAUCGGCUCCUCAUUGGCUGUUUUACGGUCGUUCUAUUCGGUGGGCGCUCGUUCACUCAGCCUCACGCAUAAAUGUGACCUCUCAUGGGCGGGCUCUAGUGCAUCAGAAUCGGAGAGCGGACUCUCUGCGUUUGGUAAGGCUGUUAUUCGUGAAAUGAACCGACUGGGAAUGAUGGUCGAUUUGUCCUAUAGCUCCGAUGCCACAGCUCGCGACGUUCUACAAGUUACUCGGGCUCCAGUUAUAUUCUCUCAUUCUGCCGCAAGACAACUUUGCAAUUCCACACGCAAUGUACCCGACGACAUUCUUCGAUUGGUAGCAGACAAUGGCGGACUCAUCAUGGUUAGCUUCGAUCCAGAAGAUGUGGCUUGUGGUCAGCAGGCAUAUCUGGGUGAUGUAGUUGAGCACAUAAAACACAUCAGAGCCAUCGCUGGAGUGCAACAUAUCGGGCUGGGCGCAGGUUAUGACGGCAUUGAGGUGCCACCCGUCGGUCUUGAAGACGUUUCCAAAUAUCCAGAUUUGCUGGCGACAUUACUUCAAGAUCACAACUGGAGUGAACAAGACAUAGCAAUGCUGGCCGGCAAAAACUUUCUACGCAUCCUGGAGACCGUAGAAAAUGUACGCGAUUACUGGAAGCGCGCCGACAUUCAGCCACUCGAACAGACUGAACCACAACCGAAACCCCAGUGCACAUACAUGUCGUCGUGACCACAGCUGCAGCCGAUGCGCAGCAGUUAUGCUGCCGCGCAAGAAUUAGACCUGAGACAAUGCAAUAGCAUGCUGCCAACAUUGACUGACAACGGCAGCCUCAAAUAUUAUUGGGUCUGCAUGAUUGCACUCUUGGGGUGGGUCGGAGCAAAUAAUCAAAGUAUACGCACACUGAUGGAUGCAGUGAGCUUAAAUGUAAUAAAAUUAGUGUUUUAGGCAAUUCAUUUCAUUUAGAUUACUUCGCGUGUAUGUAUGUGUAAGUCUAAUGAAAUUUCUAGUUUUAUUUAUUUAGGUUAUUUAUAUGUAAAUGUAUGUAUGUAAUCUAUAAAAACUUGCACAUCACCGUUCAAGCACAUACACUACAUACAUAUGUAUGUACAUAUGUAUUUGAUUUAAGCAAAAACUUUGUUGUGAAAAUGAAGUCUGUUAAGGAACUGCUCAAUAACUAAAUACAACUUUACUUGUUUAAGCGAAAAUAUUAAAAUACAUAUGUAUGUAUGUAAAACCACUUUACAUAUAUAAAUUUAGAGAUUGCGGAGUUAGAAAAUUAAGUGGUGCACAAGCAAAAAAUUAUAACCAUAUCCGUUCGAAUUAUUUCAAUAGAGCCUUGUUUCAGAACAUUUGAGAGUGCACAAAUACGUAUACAUACAUACAUACAUACAAACACAAACAUGUAUCUAUUAGUAUGUAUGCUAUAAUGUACCUUUGUAGGCAGACAAAAUAUACAUAUACAUAGAAUUAUAGGCAAUUUCAACCAUAGAUGCACACAAGCAUUAAAAUAAAAAAAAAAGUGUUUAUAGUUAAA